AUAUCAGAGUGACAUAUAUGACGACCUGCACUAUCUUCUAAUUGAUGAAAGGGGAGAUACAAUCCAUGCCAGGAUUGAUAAAUCUGAUUAUAUCCUCAUAUUUCCAACAAAAUGCAACAAGGACAAAUAUAUGACAUCUCUGUCUUCCAUACAUGAAAGGAUUAUUCCAGAUGCAAAGUUGAAAAUCAUGAAGUUCAGCUGUGUUUCAACUAAUUAACAAAAUUUGAACUGCUUGAAAACGUUGUCCCUCUAAUCCCACAGUAUUCAUUCCACCUUCUUGAGUUCAAUGAGUUAGGAGGACAAGUUCAACAGCAGCCACUGCUCAUAGACAAUUUAUAAAUACUGAAUAAAACACUUUUAUUUUACAUUAAUACCCUUUGCCAAAUAUAAAACCAUACUAACAACCUUUAUUUGUUUUUCCUUGUUUUUUGUUUCUUUCAUUUAACUGUAGAUAUCUAUGGCUGCAUCAAAUCAGCCACUUCGGAAUACCAAGUCCCUAUAAAAGACACAAACAGGAUGGAAUCAAAGCUUGAACUCAUUGUCGAAAACCUGAGGAGGGAAGAUCUCAAAAUAAACCUAUGGGGUGACGCUGCAAGAAAAUUCAAUGUGGACAGUAUUGAAGCAUCAGGUUUAGCAAUACUUGCUCUGAUCACAAGCUUAAGAGUGACAAAAUUCAGACAACAAAUUCAAGCAUCAACUACGACUCACUCUUGCAUACUGAUAAACCCACAAAUUCAACAAACAGAGGAAUACCAAGCUGAGUUCUCCAAGCCAGGAAACAGAGUGAAGACAAUUCCUGCUCCAACCAAGCGACUAACACCAGAACAAGUCAAACAACAAAGACAGUCUCACAAUUCAAUGCAUUGGAUCCAGAUGAUGUUGUCUACUGUACCGCUUCCAUCCGUAGAUUCCCCAUGCACAAUGGUCGUUGGUGGUACAAGGCUUGCUGAAUCUGUCAUAAACCGUUGAAAAAACAAAGAGGAUGCCACUGAAUUCAGCUGUAUUGACCAUGACACAUAGAUUCCUCUUCCAUGGUAUAGAGUGCAAAUGACAAUUCAUGACAAAAUUAAUCACACUACAGUCGUGAUCAUGGGACAAGAAGCAGAGCAACUGUUUGGGAUCAGCUGCGCAAAUUUGGUUAACAAACAAUUCUACCCCACACAUGAAAUUGCACCAGAAGAAAUGGAAAAAUUUAUUGGCCAAACCUACUUAUUUCAUAUCAAGGUGAAUUCCAACAGUGAGUUGCUGGUAAGGAACAUCUUCCCAAAUCAGCAAGCUCCUCCAUCAUCAACAUAGGCUGAACCAAAUACUGCCACAUGACUUGAUACACAUUUACGCAAGCGUACGUAUCAUUGUCAAGAUAGGGAAGUACAAUGCCCAAAGUUAUCGUA